AUGGUAUCUUGGAGUGAAGGAUUGAGCUCGUCGUCCGACGGCUACUCUGUGACAAGUGAGGCUCCUGCACCUGCCACCGUUUUCUGCUCUGAGUGGACAGGCCUUGCUCCAGAUCUUGCAGCUAGAUGUGAACACCAGUGUGUGUGUGAGAAGUUUGUGUGCUUUGAAUCAGUUGAUAGUGGAAGGAGGUAUCUUGCUUGUGCACAAAAGGAAAUACCUAAAUGCAAGUUUGUGGAGUGGAUUGACCCUGAAUGGCCUGCCACUCUGAAGAUGAGUUUAGCCAGGGUUUGGGGCAUGUAUGAUGAUGAGAACAAGCUAAGGCUCAGGGAAAGUGUAUAG